AAUGUGUCAAACCUUAUUGAUAAUAGAGCCAUUAGCUCUGUGAGGAGGAUGUGUUUUCCCAUGGUGGCUAAAGUACAUUUGUUACAAUAAAAAGCAACAUUAUCAAACUCCACCUUGAAAUCAAUGAUUUAGACAGCCCACCUUUUUUUUCGCAGGGUGAUGCCUCCCUCCCUCUCUCCCUCCGCCAGGCCCCCGGCCCCGGAACUGGCGUGAACCAUGCCGGGUAUGUUCGCAGGCUGGGGCCGUGUGCUAGGAAACACGAGCAGUGUGAUAUAUUCAGAGUCCCGGGCGGCGCGGAUAAAUCAGAGGAGGAGACGGUGGUGCGUGUGGUUUGAGCUCAGGAUCUCAGGACAGGAACAUGUGAGCAGGGAAUGGGCGACUGGAAUCAGGAUUAUUGUUCUACACGGCAGAGAGACGCAUGAGGGGCCGCGGACAGGAGAGACACGUGGACGCUGUGACAAAUCAGAGGAGAAACUAUUUUUUAUUUAUUUUUACAUUUUUCACUUUCUAAUCGGGGGGAAUAUUUGGCCAAAGAUGAACACCAUCGUGUUUAACAAACUGAGCAGCCAAGUCCUGUUUGAGGAGAAGGCGAAAGAGGUGGAGAUGAGCAGCAGAAAUUAUCUAGAAGUCAUCGAUGGGCAACAUCCAGAUCUCCUCUCCGGCAACCAGACCAUCAGAGACAACCAGGCCAUGAGGCACAGGAGGAGCGGUGGUCGUCCCAGCGGCGGUAAAGUACGACACAAGCGUCAGGCCCUGCAGGACAUGGCGCGGCCGCUCAAGCAGUGGCUCUACAAGCACCGAGACAACCCCUACCCGACCAAGACGGAGAAAAUCCUGCUGGCCCUCGGCUCGCAAAUGACCCUGGUCCAGGUGUCCAACUGGUUUGCCAAUGCCAGGAGGCGACUGAAGAACACGGUGAGGCAGCCGGACCUGAGCUGGGCGCUCAGGAUCAAGCUCUACAACAAGUAUGUCCAGGGCAACGCAGAGAGGCUGAGCGUCAGCAGCGAGGACAGCUGCUCAGACGAUGGGGACAACCCUCAGAGGUCACAGAACGGACCCGAGGAGCUCCACAAGCCGAUGUACCAGAGCGUGAUCAAGAAGGAGGGCUCCUCCAUGGUGGGCAUGGGCAUGGCCAUGGGUAUGAGCAUGGGCAUGGGAGGCGGGCUGCGCUCGGCCGCCUCGCUGGCCGAGGACUACGUGUCUCCGCCCAAGUACAAGAGCAGCCUGCUGCACCGCUACCUGAACGACUCGCUGCGCCACGUCAUGGUGGCCAACGCCGUCAUGGACGCCCGCAAGAGGAACCACUCCGGCUCCUUCAGCUCCAACGAAUACGACGACGAACUGCUCUCGCCGUCCUCCUCCGAGGCUGAGGCGAACUUUGUUUAUCGGGCUGAAACCACAGACCAUGGAUCAAGUAAAUAUGACAAUGGCAGCGGCGGCGGUGGAGCUGUGCAAAAGGAGCGAGUGAAGGGCAAAGACGAGACGUACUGGAGAGAGAUCAACGCCGCCAUGGCCUUGACCAACUUGGCGCAGGGGAAGGACAGCGCCUCCGGGACCACCAGCUGCAUCAUCCAGAAGUCCUCCCAUAUAGCAGAGAUCAAGACUGUUAAAGUGCCUCUGAUGCAGAAAUAUUAGCCCCGACGUCAUCCUCCCAUCUCUCUAUGCAAACCAGCAGACAUUCCUGUUUCAGCCUACUCGCCGGAGUCCACAUAAACUCCCAAAGAAUUGAAAAGAGAACUGUUUGUUUAGGGAGGGGGCUGUUUGAGGCGAGGAAGUGUGGAACAAAAAGAGAAACCAUUGUUUUUGGUUGUAAUUGGUGCCUAAAGUAGUGCAAAGGAGGCCAUAAUUUUCUUUGCCGGGUUGAAAGACAAAUAUCGAGGAGUUUUUCUGAAGUAUUUCCUUUUGAAAUGUUAACUUAUUUUUGAUGAGUCAGAUUUCUUUUUUAUUUCCCUUUUUUAUGCUACGAAAAUGUAUGUUUUGCCAAAAGUGCCUUUGUUGUUUAGGCAAAUAACUGGCCCGCUGUGGUCAAUGCAAAGUACAGAUCGUGAGGUGCCUCUUUGGAAUAUUUUACAAGGUUUAGAGUCACAGCCGUGAUUCAGGGAGCGUUUUUCUGAAUGGAAACUCUCCAUACACAGCAGCCUAGUGCCUUAAGGACUGAAUGAGCUCACCAUCUGAGGCAUUAAACUCAAAUAGCACUCACACAUACACGCACAGAAACUCUCUUAAAGAAAUACCCGGCAGUAAAUCCCUGAAGAAGUUGUGCUUAUUUUGACUGGAGUAUUCGUUUUGACUGUACCAAACACUGUUUAGUCUCAGUCAGCCUCUCAACAAUAACCGUCGGAUACAUAGAUACGUUGCCCUAACGAGAGCAGCAGAUCCAUUGUCCACAUCUCGACCUUGGACUUCAUUAUCCAGCAAAGGAUUUCGUUCUUAUCUGGGCUGCUUAAGUGCUCAAAUGAAGUCACAUCCCCCCCCACUCCAGUAGUGGCACGGAUGUACAUGGACCAACUGGCACGCUUUAAGGCUCAGUACAGUAUUUGUUCUGACACACGAAUGCCAUGACCUAAAAGGGAUGUUUUUGCUCUCCAUUAUCAGUGUUUUCUGUUGACUGUGUUGCUUUUUCACAUGUUUGUGCUCAAAACAAGAUAGUCCUAAGUGAAGAAAAAAGGAAAAGGAAAAGGAAAAAAAAAUUCACCACCAGCCCCCCCAGCCUUUUGAUCGUCAGCCCUUUCAGCUGUUUAGCAUUACAUUCAAAUUGCUGUUUACAAAAAGCCUGAGGACAGACUUAAAAGUUUGACUUUCUCCCCCCUCGCUUUCCUUUUUUUGUUUGUCUUCAAAAAUACAUUCAGUAUUAUCUUUUUGUCGGCCAAGCAAGUGUUCAAAGUAUUUGUUAUUGUCAGUCUGUACAUGUGUGGUCGUUUUGUUUUUGAUGAAGACGUCGUACUUGGUUUCACUUAACCGUAAAAGCUUCUUUUGUCACCAAAUGGAAAGAAUCUCUUCUCUGGUAAGGACUUAUGUACGGUGCAUAUCUUGUAAACGUGGGGGACGGUGCCAACUUAAAAAACGGGGGGAAUUUAGUUGGGAGAACCUAAAGUUGGCUCUCUAUGCUGACUUUUUAAUUGUAUGUAUAUCUUUAAGGUACUGUUUAUGUGUGUCAAAAUGUACACUCCAUAAAUUGUGCAGUUCUUUUUUUUUUGACAACCCAUACUGUGUUUAUGGUAAAGGACUUUGAGAAGGAGUAAAGCUGCGCAAAGUGACUUUGACUUUUUCUAAUGUCUUGAAUGUGCAAACUGUUAAAAAAAGAAAAAUAAGCUGCACUUGGUACACAGUUCUUGGUUUUCACAAAACAGACAACCUCCAUUGAGAGGUUUUAUAUAAAGGUGAUGAGAAGUAAAAGCAAUGAAGGAGAAGCCUAUAUUAUUCCUGUUAGCGUGCCUAUGGAGGAGUAAUGAAAUCAAUCGCACUGGCCAAUCCCCAGGCACUAUUUGCUGAUGCAGCGGGGGUUCUAGGCUCCCACAUGUGUUUUUUAUACACCUGAUCCAGGCAGGGUAGCUGCGGGGUAGUGCCGGGCUCGCACCUUGUGUUUCUAAUCGCACCCCUGGACCUGUGGACCACUCGCGACUCUCACACCUCACACGAUACCCGCUCCCUGGGAAGAGAAAGUACGAGAGAAGGAAGCUUCAGUGGCAACAGAGCAUUUUUUGUUUUUCCUACCUACACUCUCUCCUCAGCAACGACCCCAACUCUAUCAAAGGAGGUUUCCAGGGCCAGGACUUUGUUGAGCCCAAUUUCACAACCAUACAGAAAAUUGAAAAAUAUCGGUAUGUAUUAAAGCCUAUAAAUUAUUAUUGCACACUUUGUAAAAACAAAGUUGUGACCAUAGUUUGUUUUUUUAUUGUUAAGUUAUAUGAAUUGAGAAUUUUCCUUUUUGCUUGUUAUGAUAGAGACUGGAUUUUCAAUCCAAUGACCAAAUAUCUCCUUGUAUUGUCCAAGUUGCUCUCAUACAAAUUUCUUUUUUAAAAAUGUUGUUACUUGAUCAAAGCAAAUAAUGAAUGAAUAAACCUCUGA